CUCUGCAACUUUCGAUCCCUUCCUCUCACUCUCUCUCUUGAUCACAAACUUUUUAUCGAGUUUCGUUGAUUGAGCUUCGUAAUCUUGAUUUUCUGCAGCGUGUCGGGUUUGCUUCGACUUCACGUUGUUUUUUGUUCCCUCUUGUUUUUUUUUCCUUUGUGCUUUUCAGAGAUAUUUUUCUUUGGUUCUUCUUUCUUCCCCGACGAUAUCAGCAGCAGUGAAGUAACCACCAUAUAUCUGAGUUUGAUUUUUUUGAUGAAACCGUGAAAAGCUGGUGGAGAUACUCUAUUAAUGUGAUGUGAUGUAUGAAAUGGCAACAAGAAGCGAUCUCAGAGGUUUGUUUAAACAGAGCCAAAAGAAGUCAUCAGCAGAUGCGAUAUCACCUUCAGCAGCUCAGACCAAUGAGAUAGGGAGACAUAGUCGAAAGGAAAGUAGUGAUGAGGUGGUGAAAUACAUGUCCAAGUUGCCAGGUUAUCUCCAAGGAGAUGAUGAAAGCAAUGGUGUUUUGAAUGUUGGUGUCUUGGACUGGUCUCGUCUUGAGAAAUGGAAGCAUGGCCGCGCAAAAGGCGCUGAUACAAAAGUGUCUUCCACUACUUUAGCUACACUCCCCAAUGCCUCCUCUCAUCAAGUGCAUGCUUGUUCCAAUCUCCGUAAAGUUAAAGCUUCCCGGGAUCUUCAUCAUUCUGUUCACGGAGUUAGAUGCACCUUGGAACCUGAGCUGGCUUCUUCUUCUUCUUCUAGGGACUGUUUAAAUAAGCAGGAAAUAGCAACUUGCAGCAAUAAGUCCUCUGCUAGAGAUCAAGAAAGAGUGAAAAAUCCUGGCAAGAGCAGAAUAUCACGUUCUAAUCGAGAACUAGCUUCAUCAGGUCUAUUGUCAACAAUGGGAAACUCCGGGGGGUCGCUAGGCGCAAAGGGGAGCUUUGUGGCUCGGGAAAAGGAGACUGAGAUGAGAGCAAGGAAGGCACAUGCACAAGAAGCUAGAGAAAGAGCCACUGAAAGCUUGAAACAAUGUACUGAGAAGUUAGAUGGAGAGGAGAAGAUCGUUAGAGAUUUAGAUGCUGGUCUCACUUCUCAAAAUCAUCAGGUCAGUAACAUUAUUCUCCUGCGAUCAAGAAAACAGUCCCCAAGCACCCUCUCUAGUGAACCCCACAUGGAUGAUAACCCCAAAGUAGCAAGGGAGGUUAACCGCUCUCUGGACUUUAGCUCCUUAGGGUUGAGAUCUCAAGUCCCUCGUUCCUGUCCACUCUCUUUCGACUUAGAGAUAGAUUCUGAAGAUAUGAAGUUGCCUCUUCUUGGUGUUGCUAAAAAGGAACGUUCUGGUGGGACAACAAGGCACUCAAAGACGGCCUCAAGCAUGUUUGAUCAAGAAAUUCGACAGUUAAAGAACAUAGAACCUUCACCAAGCAAGCGGUUUAGUUUUAGCUUCGGUCGUCUCAGCAGAAGUUUCACCUUCAAAGAGGAUUCAUCAUCAGCUGCUCAACCUUUGACUUCUUCUUCUGAUGAUACCAUUAAAUCUGACUUGUUUGAUAGUUCAGCUUGUCCAUCUCAGUCAAGUAAUCCGGAGAAGCAGAACAAUCACGGUGGAUCUAGAGUUAGCCCUCUAAUAAGGCUUCUUGACCCUUUACUGAAACACAAAGUCUCUGAGAAUGUCCUUCCAUCAGAAGCAAGAUCAAGUUCUUUCAAUCAAGAUGAAAAGAAGAAGCAGGAUGCAUCAAGAACACAAGCUCUUUUACAGCUAACGAUCAGAAACGGCAUCCCUCUAUUUCAGUUUGUGGUGGAUGAUGAUAACCUCAAGAGCAGGAGGAGCAUCCUAGGGGCAACAAUGAAAAGCUCUGAUUCAUCAGUCAAAGAUGACUCUGUACAGUACUGCACAUUCUACUCUGUUAAUGAAGCCAAAAAGAAAAAAAGCGGAAGCUGGCUGAUCCAUGGACAUAAAGAGAAGCAACAACACAGGUUCGUCUACAAUGUAAUCGGUGAAAUGCGGCUAUGCAACACAGAUAACGUAUCUUCAGUGAUCAGAGAAUCAGUUCUAGUUGAUGAAUCAGAGCAAGUAUUACAAGAGGUUGCAGCAGUAGUGAUCAAGAAGAAGCCUGCCGAAGAAACCACAGUGAUACUUACAGGUGGUGAUCACAGUAUCCCGGAGAAAGGAGCACCGACACCGUUGAUUAGCAGGUGGAGAUCGGGAGGGUGUUGCGACUGCGGUGGCUGGGAUGUCGGAUGUAAACUACAUGUUCUCUCCAGCAAAACAUUCCUCCAUGAUUUGGACCAAACCUUCCAACUUUUCUAUCAGGAUGAAGAAAGUGAUAAAAACUCAGGUCCGGUCUUGGCGAUGACAGAGGUGAAGACAGGGAUAUACAGCGUGGAGUUUGGUUCGUUUCUUUCGCACCUACAAGCUUUUUUUGUGUGUGUGACGGUGAUAACGUGUGCCUCAGAGGAGGAAACGGUGUCAAAGACUACCGGAAAAUCUUCCUCGCCGUUUGCUCCGCCUCUAUCUCCUGUUGGUAGAGCCUAAAUACCCCCACAAACUCGGGGACAUAGAGAAAGAGAGAGUGUGUGUAUAUAAUGCUUGUCUUUCUUUAGGACAGAGAGAAUGUAUGCCUUAUUGUCCGGUCGAUACUUGACAAUUAGUGGGAUAAAAUUCAUACUUGACGAGUUGAUUCAUGCUCUGUUAUUUUCAAAAUCAAGAA